AAACUGGCCGGCCAUGGUGGGUGUGGGAAGGUGACCAACCUGGGAAUGUAGGAACCCCUCGUUGAAGUUGAGCUGCUAAAUAAUCUAUGCUCCAUCCAUCAAGUGGUACUGUAGCAUCCAAUCCUUCUCACGAUUCGAUCUCUUUUUCCCCAUGGAACCCGUUCUUUCUUCGCCUGUUUUAACGCGAGCUGAUGCCCUUUCUUUGUAAAAUAUUAAGGUAAAGCGUAUUGUCAAUUUGUUAGAGGGAGAGAAAAGAAAAGAGUAAAGAGAAGGAAGAAAGAAUACCUCCUCCUCUUCUCUUUAUCAAAAUUCCCUACCCUCAAGCAAAGCUAAGUGGCACCGGGGAGCACCAGCGGCAGCUUUGUCUAUUUUCUUCCUUUAUGCUUGGACUCUACCAUCAUAGCAUCCUUCUUCUUCUCUCUCUUACUUUAUACUUGGAGUUGGGGGUGUUGAGACAGGUCGGUGGGGAGAGAUCUGGGACGUCCGGGUGAUGGGCUGCUCCCAAAGUAUUAUUGGCGGCGGCAGCUGCAUUGAGUGUGAAGAUGUGAAUAACAGCCGAAAACACGGCCGGAGAGGCGGCGAAGCGGCGGCGGCGGCUUCCACCAUUUCCCGGGCUUCGCCAUCGCCGUCACCCGAGCUCGUAAAUGUGAGGGCGUCAUGUAGAAAGAUGGCGUGGAGUCUCCGUCUGAUGCUCUCCAGGGCAAGUACGAUAAGGCGGCGGCGAAGGCGAAGGAGAGGGGAGAUGGAUGAUGAGUGUGGUGGUUCGGAGAACAACAAGUUGUGGCUGCUAGCAGAUGCCCCAGAAGAGGCGGAGGCGGAGGAGGACCCGCAGUCGGUGCACUCGUCGUUUCGGUUCAGCUUUGGCUCGCAGGCGGAGGCCGCCGUGGAGCUCUCCGGGUCUGCCGCCACGGUGCUGCUCCUGGUGAAUUUGGAAGAUGAGGGGGAGGGCGCGGGGGAUACCCCGGCCCGCGAGCGGCAGGAAUGGCAGAGACUGGAGUCGCUGGAGAGGAGCAUCUCGCCGGUCGCCGGAGCGCUGGCGAGGUUCAGCUACGCCGAGAUCCGGUCGGCCACCGGGGGCUUCGCCAGAGGAAGGGAGCUGGGGAGGGGGGCGCUGAGCCGGGUGUACAAGGGGAGGAUUGGGGUGGGGAGGAGGGCGGUGGCGAUAAAGAGGGUGGGGGGGCAGGACCGGGAGAGCGCCAAGGCCUUCUGCCGGGAGCUGAUGAUAGCCGGCUCCCUUCACAACUACAACAUCGUCCCUCUGCUAGGUUUUUGCGUCGACAAGGAGGGCCUGUUUCUUGUGUACAAGUAUGUCUCCGGUGGAAGCCUCGAUCACCACCUCCAUUGCCAUGAGAAGAAAGGGAGGGGGAAGGUGUUGCCAUGGGACGUGAGGUACAAGGUAGCGAUGGGGGUGGCGCGGGCGGUGGAGUACCUGCACUAUGGCGCCGACAAGUGCGUCGUUCAUAGGGACAUCAAGCCAUCCAACAUCCUCCUCUCCUCUAACAAAACUCCGAAACUGUGUGACUUUGGAUUGGCUACAUGGAUUCACGGACCCUCUCUACCCUUCCUCUGCAAGUCUGUCAAAGGAACUUUUGGCUAUCUAGCUCCCGAGUACUUUCAACAUGGUAAGCUGUCAGAUAAAACUGAUGUUUAUGCAUUUGGGGUGUUACUCCUGGAGCUAAUUACGGGGCGGAAAGCAAUUGACCGAAGUAGGCCCCAGGGAGAGGAGAACUUAGUUUUGUGGGCAAAGCCACUCCUGCAGCAGGGUGAAGGAGCAGUGGAGAAAUUGGUCGAUCCAAGGUUAAAUCCCAGCUCAUAUCGUUGGAAUGAGAUGAUCCGGAUGAUUCGUGCAGCCACUGCUUGUAUUAACAGUGAUGAAUCAGGAAGGCCAAGCAUUGAUCAGGUGAUUGGAAUGUUGCAAGGAGAAGACACUUGUGGCGACUGGUCCAUUUUCACUGGUAAUGGUUGCCUUGCAGGAUAUGGUUCUCAGUCACACGAUCCAUUGGAAAAGAUUGAUAUGAGAGGCCAUCUAGCGCUGGCCAUGCUUGGGGUUUCUGACACUGAGGAAGAUGACUUGUACUGUCGAUGAAUCACUUUAGCAACCUCAAGUUUCUGUACUCUUACUCUUUAUUUACCUGUUUUCCUUUCUUUAUUUCUUUCUCUUUUUUUUCCCUUGCUGAGACCUUAAAUUAGCCUGUUCACCGAUUGUCUUCCUUUUUGGUUCGGUAAAUCAAGUUGUAUAUAUGUUGUUGGCAAAGGAAACAAAAUAUUUUGUCCACAUGUGAAAUUUAUGACAAAGCAUUGUUCUAUAAACAAAAGCAUUGUUGUUGUGUUGGGGGCCA